AUGCCUCCAUUACAGGGUGAAGAGCGAAUGCUGACUGUCUUCGCGGACGUCCAUUCCUACUUCACAGAGCCUACUCCCAAGCCCAUCCAUCAUCGAUUCGACAAGGGCUCGUAUCUCUACAUCUACCACGAUGCUGCUCAGCACAAGUCCCGGGUUGAGGUCGCCAAUAACCCCGGAACGCCUUUUCAGGAUGCAUUCAAUGGAGCGCUGGACCGUAUCCAUAUAGACCAUUCCACUCGUUUCCCCACUCUCUGCACCGUGACUGUCGACGGGCCAGAUCCAAAUCCCCAAGCGUUCCCUCCUCCACCCAAUCCUGCCAGUCUAUAUGAAUGGCGAUUGCCCAGCAGCGACCAGAACGACCUCUUCCGCCUGCACACGCUGGACGUGUAUUUCUGGACGCAGGAAGAUGUCAACCAGUUCCUGGAUGUGAUGGAGCACAUAUUGUCUCCGUCGCAGAUUGCAUCAGACAGACACCCGCAGCUGGAGAACCACAACCACGAAGAGGAUCACAACAACAUUAGUUCGGUGGUACAGCAGCUCGAGAACGUCGCCGUGACAGACCCAGCAUAUCAAAACGGCCAGACGCGAAACUCUCGAACUGAAGCGUUCCCGCCCUCAAACACGACGCCGGUGCAUGCUGGAAUCAGCACCUUUCCCCCUCCCCCUCCAUCAGCAACAUUACCUCCUGCGCCCGCUGCUGCCACUCCGAGCAUCAGCCCGACCCAGCAAGGCACGCCUUUCUCCCAACCACCAACAGAACAACACCAAGAACCCGCACAAUGCACACCUUUACCAUACAACCCCGCCGCGCCAGCUGCCCCAGAACCCAUCCAGCAUCGCGAAAAGACCCCACCCCCAUCAGAUGGUGUUGACGGGACCGGCUUACAAGCGGCCGUCGCAGCCGACCAUGGCAUCCCAUACACGCCCCCAUCACAAACCCCAGGCGCCUUCGCACCCCCUCCAACUCAGCCUCUACCCCAUUCAAUGCCUGGAGGCUACGCAUCCCCACCUCCCAGCGCCGGAUUACCUCCAAGCAGCGCGCCUGGUCUGACACACUCCGGGUCCCUCUCUUCCCGCUCCUCAUCCGUCCAAAGUCCCCCGGGGGUGCCACUCAUGCCCACAUACGCAGCUAGUCCAUCAUCCCCAUUCUUCCCAGGGAAUGUACAACAACCGCAACAAGCCAGCAGGACGGGAUCCCUCUCUUUCGCACUCCCUCCUCAACCUCAACCUCAACCUCAACCUCAACCUCAACCUCAAACCCAGCCCCAGCCCCAGCCCCAGGCCCAAGCUCAAACCCAAGACCCCAACGCAUACCUCCAGCAACUUCAGCAACUCCAGCAACAACAACAAAUCCAACAGCAAUACCUCUACAACCCUCAAACCCCCCAAGCUCAACUCCAACUCCAGCUCCAACUCCAGCAACAGCAACUCCAGCAGAAACAGCAGCAGCAACAUCUCGCCCCCGCCGCACAAAUAGGAGCGUUCGCCAUCCCCAAUACCAAUGAAUUGGAUCCCAAUGCUCAUCUCUACGCACAACAGCAACAGUUACAGCUACAACAGCUACAGCAGGUACAACAACAGCAGGUACAACAGCAACAGCAGCAACCGCAACCGCAACAGCAAACAUUCUCAAAGGGCGCCGAUUCCACGCCCGCGCAGCGAUCAGGCAAAUUGGAGAAUCGUGCUGCGAAGGUGGAGAGCGGGGUGAAUCGGUUUCUGAAGAAAUUGGAGAAGAGGUUGUAA